AUGUAUCACUUUGUAUCCGAGCAAACGCCGGAGCUGCGGCUCUCGGCGGAUGCACUGGUCACAAGCCACGUGACACAAUACCUCAAGGCCCACCAGCUGGACGCCGUGCGCUUCCUCUACGAUCAUCUGGUCAAGCGGGAGUUCUGCAUCCUAAACGAUGAGAGUGGUCUGGGUAAACUGGCCACGGUGGCGGCACUUCUCAGUGCCCUAGAUCCCACCAAGAAAACUCUCAUAGUGCUGCAGAACGACGAGCAACUGCUCGCUGGUUGGCGAUUCCAUCUGGACACACUGACGGACCUGAAGGUGUACACCAUUCAAGGGGUCCAAGACACUACAGAGUCCCCGCACAACGUUUAUCUGGUGAAAUGGAGCCAGUUACGCAGCAUUGGAGAUCUCAGUCGCCUAAACUUCGACUACGUUCUGGUGGACAACAGGGGCCACUCGUUAAACAACAGCUUCUGCACUUCCAUGCUGCUGAAGCAUUUUGAGGGAAGGGUAAACAUUUUUAUCUCCAGUGUUGACAUUACGUCCGACGUAAAGUUGCUGUACAAUGUUCUGAGGUUGGGCGGACGCCUGGAGCAUCAGUACCGGAGCUUCCAAAGCUUCGAUCGCAAGUUCCAUUUGCCAGAUCCGAAGGAGGUGUUUAGCAAGCGCAUAGAUCUCGAGGAGUACUACAAGCAGCGCGGAUUCCUCAGCGAGUAUAUCAAGGACUUCCGUCUGCGUCGUUUUCGCCAUCAAUUCGACAAAAUCCUGCCGCUUGUCGCACCUGAACAAUACAAGCACAAUCUGAACCUCUGGCUGGCCUCGAAAAACAGCCAGAGCACACUUAGUGGCUCCUCGGAGGUGUGUUCCACAAUCGCUUCGGCAGAGAACAAUCAGGCUCAGCAAAACGAGUCAGUGUUGGUUGAAGAUACGGAUAAGGUAUCUGAUCACAGCGUGGAUGAUGUUGUGGCUAUGUCACCGCUGGUCUUUGAAUCCUCCGACUCUGACGUAGAGCCCAUUACAGUGGAGCCGGCAGCCGAUCACAAUCAGGUAUUAGUUGUAUCUAGCGAUGAUUGCGAGAUAGUGACGCCUCCUCAUACUCCUCCGAAUCGAACGCCCACCUCAACCGAAUCGCCGAGAACAAUGGCCAAGAAAAAAUAUAGCAAAAGGAAGUCGCCGCAGAAAAAAGCUGACCUCUCCGAUUCCGAGGAGGAUGAUGAAGUGAUGGAAGUGGCGCCAAAAAAGAUAACUCGUGCGGCCACCCUCACGUUUACUCCCAAGACAAGGAAACUCAAUGUGCGACUGUUAAGGGUUUCCAUGGAUACUUUAAGCACACCACCUCCAUCGGGAAAGGCUCUUGCAUUUGCAACUCCCAAAACAGAGCCCUCAAAAAGAAGGAAAAAGCAGACCAAGCAGCCGGUGAGUCCAAUGGAAACAGGUCGUCCUGCUACAAGAGGAAUGCAGCGUUUAACACGUUCCGCUGAGUCGAAAAUAAAUAGUAAGUACCUAAAGCGCCACACACUCGAUGAUGUCAAGCGUAUCACUACAAAAAGAAUCAAGGCUGAAGGGCAACAAACGCCGAAGACUAGCAAUCCCAGAGUGAAGCAGGAGGUCAUUGUAAAACCGGUGGCCAAGCAGGAGAAGGAACAGAAAGCUGCGAGGAUGCCUGCGCAGGAAACUCCUAAGCGGAAGGUGGGACGUCCAAGAAAAUGCAAACUGCAGCCAGCGGCCCAAAAGAAAUCGAUCAACAAGCCGGAUCCCAAACCCUUGCCCCCUACUCCACAGGUGCUCAGCGGUAGUUCCUUGUCCUCGGAGUUCAUGCAAUGCGCUCAGCGAAUUCCAGACAACUUGGACGCAAUGGAGUCUCCCGCUUUUAGGGUGCCUUUUACACCUCAGCAAACUCCAACGCUUCUAACCUUGCCAUCUACUUUUAACUUGCUUAACGACUCGGAGGUAGUGGCAAUUCCGCUGUCUAAGGAACAAGCUGAAACAGUGGUAAUAAAUAGCUCCCACGAUGAGGGUUCGCCGCAGGAUCCAUCGCAGAGUCGACGCACCAAAGCUCUAAAACGGAAGCGCAAGCCGGAGACGCCGGUGAGUUCCAGUUUUGGCGGCGGCUUGGGAUUGCCACCGGCCAAAAGGAGUGCCAACAAAUCACCAGAUCUGUUUAGCAUCUCUUCGGAUCUCUCGCAGAUUCCCCUGGCCCAGCCGCGACCAUCCUCUCCCUUCGAAGGCUUCAAGAUCUUCGGCUCUGAGGUGAAGCAAUUCCAGCAGCAGCAUGCUAAAACAAAUGUUUCAGGGCCGAAGAAGAAGCGUGAUCGAUCCUGUUUGGAUAUCCUAGAGCAGAUGUUCGAGCCACGAGAGCAACAGGCUAAAACCAGUCCCAAAGUCUUGCCUACCUUGCCACUGACUCAGAAAGACGAUGCAGCGCCCACCAUUACACAGAGAAGGAGAUCCCUGUUGGAAGACGAUUUCUUUGAGAUCACCAACAACGGUCAGUUUGGCAGUCGAAUGAGGUUGAAUUCUUCUGGAGAGGUAUCACCCGUACAACAGGAUCAACAGUCCGCCAGGCCGACGCAGGCCAAUAAAAUCACCAACUACUUGAUAGGUUCUGGAAUUACCCAGGAAAAAACGCAGCCCACGAGUGGCAAUCGCAACUCCAUCGUAGCUGCACUGCGAAAGUCCCCAAAAUCCCCGAAACAGAGUGGAAAAUCCACUCAGGCAACGAAGCUCACCCGCUGGUUUGGCUCUGUUUUCGGCGGAGGAGCCUCACAGACCAGCUCCGUGGAAUCGGUUAGCGCACCAAGCACACCGGUGGCUCCUUCCACGAGUGCAGCAGCUUGUCAAACGCGAUCAGCGAGGAGCGGUGGAGCUGCGGGACCCACCAAGAGAAAGCGAUUGGAACUGUUCAAAUGAGCAGGAUAAAUACAGCAACCGUUUUAGGGAAAGCACUACAAUUAAGUUAACAAAAAGAAAAAGUUUUGGAUAGAAGCUACUUUUUCACGAACAGGUUUCUGGGUUUUAAAUAUAAAAUGAAUGAAAUAUCUCAAUUAAGAAAUCGGAUCGUGAAAAUGUAGCUUAGUUUAUUUUUAAUCAAAAGCCAAUCAACAGUUAACAGCAUCCGAUCUUGGACAAAAGACUCUUAGGUUGUAAAAUCAAUGUGGUACAAUGUUAACCGUAGAGAAACAGAGCAAUUAACUAGCCAAUUUAGUUAAAUUUCUAUUAUUUGUGCACAAUUCGAAGAUUAAUCUACCAUACAAUUAAAAAGACACUGGACAUUAUCGGCUAUUCAUUAUUGAAAUCACCUCAUUUUGGUCAUCAAUAUUGGUCACUUUUUAGAAGAAGUGUAUUUUCAAAUUAAUUUAUAAAAGUUAGCGGUGAAAAAUCGUUCCUCAAUUUUUUAUUUUUAAUUUGUGCCUGCCAUAAUACAUUUAAAAUUUGGCGAGUUUUUAGUUAAUUUAUUUGUAUACGCAUCGAAUUAACCGAUUUUUAUGUAACGAAAGUUAUCGUUUUUAGAGGAAAUAUAUAAAAUCGGUAUCUAGAAGAUUUUGCCAUAGUGAAAUAAACAACACUUUUGAGAGGGUUCAGAUACAAAACAA